GAGAGGGAGGGAGCAAGGGACAGAGAGGGAGCGAGGGAGAGAGAGGGGGCGAGGGAGAGAGAGGGAGCGAGGGAGAGACAGGGAGCGAGAGAGAGAGAGGAAAGAGAGGGAGCAAGGGAAAGAGAGGUCGCAAGGGAAAGAGACGUCGCAAGGGAGAGAGAGGUCGCAAGGGAGAGUGAGGGAGAGAGAGGGAGCGAGGGAGAGAGAGGGAGCUUAACUCCUGACAAGAAAAAAAGAGUGUGGGUGCACUAGAGCCACUCUCAUUGAGUCUAAGUAGAGCCAGUUUGGAUAGUGGUGACAUUAGAGCCUCCAUAGGUCAGAUCUCUCUCUCUCCACUCUUCAGUGGGGUGUAAAGCAGAGCCCCAGACCCCCUUCAAAGGGCCGUAGCGAUGGCGGCUAAGUCUAGAUGAUCCAGGUGGACUUACACCAGGGGCUCCAGUGGACAGGAGGGCACGCAGAGAGAGGACACUUUAAUUUGUUCCAGAUGAAAUAUUUGGCUUCUCAGAUCUUAUUACCUUAACUGGAUUUUGCGAGGAUGUGAAAAAAAUGGAUUGCAUAUUUUUCUGGGAAGUGACGAGACUCCAGAUCAAAUUGGAAUGCUGAGAGGUACCUCUGACCAACCAAGGAAUAGAAGUACCAAUGGAUGAUUUCAUAAGGAUUGUUCCAUACACUCAGUAACUGCAACCCAUAUCUACAAGGCUGUCACUUGUUGAACAUGAAGUGUUCAGAACUAUGAGCACCAACCCAAAGAAAAUGGCGGAAGGCGGCACACACCUCAGUCCUGGUAUCCCCUCCAAACGGGUCAAAGUUUCCCAGGACCACGUAGUUCCGGACACAGGGGACCCAGGUCGAACCCCGCCGGUGUUCCUGCGCAAGCUCCGCAAGGCUGCAGUGGGGACAGGGUGUGAUAUCCGUCUCAGGGUGUCUGUGGGGGGUCAGCCUGCCCCCUCUCUGUUUUGGUACCGUAACAAUGAUCUCCUGGCCCCGCCUGGGGAGAAGGAUGUUGGGGGUCUGUGGAUCAGGGAUUGCAAGGCCAGUGAUGCUGGGCUCUAUACCUGCGUGGCCAGCAACUGCCUGGGGGAGGCUCAGAGCAGCGCCCUGCUUGCCGUUAUGGACCUGGGAGAAGGUAACGUUGGGGAAACAUUGGGACAACAUUAUGAUUCAUCUGUGUUUGCUGAGUAUUGAAACAUGGGGACAACCCUCACAAAACAUUGUGUAAGUCUAUAAGGGAAGCAUGCAGGGGAACAUCUGUUAUCCAUCUACUUUUUAAAAGGUGCUCGGUAAGCAAAGGACCAAUCUUUACAAAAGCCAACAACAAUGUACCCAACAGGUUUGCAGGUGGUAUAUUGAUUUAAUUCCAUCUCGAAUAGCUGUCCAUUCCACUCUAGAAAACUCUUUCAAAAGUACUUCAACCCUGCUCCUUCAAAACGACUUCUACUGUAGAAGCCGUCAGCUAGCAACACUUGUCUUGAGAGGGGUGAGGUUAAAUUUGGCUCCUCAGUCUAAAUUGAGACGUCGAGGUUUAGGGUGGGGCUGGUUUGACCCCCCCAUGUCAUCUGUCGCUGUGAUCUUUUAGCAGUUGAACCCUUCACCUUCUGACCCUCUGGUUGGAUGAUUGUUGUUUUGCAGUUUGGAGCAAACUGAAGUGAUAUGGCGGCCAUUUUGUCCAGGGUGUAACUGAGAGAUGGAGAGAGAGAGAGAUUAUUCCAUUUGAAUGUCACGCCCUGGUCGAAGUAUUUUGUGUUUAUCUUCAGUUAUUUGGUCAGGCCAGGGUGUGACAUGGGUUUUUGUAUGUGGUGUGUAUGUAUUGGGAUUGUAGCUUAGUGGGGUGUUCUAGGUAAGUCUAUGGCUGUCUGAAGUGGUUCUCAAUCAGAGGCAGGUGUUUAUCGUUGUCUCUGAUUGGGAACCAUAUUUAGGCAGCCAUAUUCUUUGUGUGUUUCGUGGGUGAUUGUCCUUAGUGUCUUGAUGUCCUUGUUCUGUGUGUAUGUGCACCAGUAUUAGGCUGUUUCGGUUUUCGUUACGUUUAUUGUUUUGUAGUGUUUGUAUUUAGAUUCGUGUUACGUUUGUUUAUUAAACAUGGAUCGCAAUCUACACACUG